AUGCAGUUGGUUGAGUUGGAUGGCAUGAGGGCUGGACCCGUUGAUCAUGGGGAAUGCAUGGAUUUGCUGGUGAAUGUUGCGGAGUUGGUGAGGACCCAGUAUUUGGCUCGAAAUGAGAGCGUUUACUUCAGCUUGAUGGUGCUUGCCCCUCCUCAGAAGUGA